AUGCCUGGAAGUGCACAGCAGUCUGGGCUGUUUGAGUCACCCAGCUCCGUCCCGUCGUUGAUCACCCCAAAUUUCUCACCCAAAGAGCACAACAUCGGCACGUUCCUGGCCUAUAGACUGGAAGAGCUAGGUAUUAAAGAAUUUUUUGCCGUUCCAGGCGACUCAAAUUUGAAGCUAAUCGACCAACUCUUGAAAAAUCAGAGCCUGCGCCUGGUUGGUUGCUGUAAUGAGUUAAACGCUGGCUAUGCUGCGGACGGGUAUGCGAGAAGUUCCCCCAUGAAAGUUGCCGUUGUGGUGGUUACCUAUACGGUUGGAGGCCUCUCACUGCUUAAUGCGAUUGCAGGAGCUUGUUCCGAGCGGCUGAGGGUAAUAGUUAUCUCAGGCUGUCCGAGCACAAAAUUGCUAGCUGCAGGUAAUCCACUCCACCACACGACAGGUGAGCUGGACACAGAUCAAGGGCUGCGCAUAUUCCAAGAGUUCACGGCCACAUCGAUCCGUCUCAGCCAUGAUGGAGAUGUCAGAUCCCGUCUGGAUGAUGCUCUGUUGCAGUGCCUUCGUCGCUCGUUGCCAAUCUACAUCGAGGUUCCUACCGACCUAGUUGAGAUUGUGGGCACACCAGUAACGCCUUUGCAGAUUGUAUCUCCUCCAGUGCCGAUACGAUCAGGGCCCACUGAUGAGAUACUAUCUUUAUUAACCCGCACUUGGACUACUGCAUACCAUCCAGUAUUGAUUAUUGGUGCUUUUGCACGUCGUUUUCUCUCGCAAGAAGCUCUCACAGCACUCGUGGCCAGACUGGGUUGCGCUGUUUUCUGCCAGCCAGAUGCCAAAUCAUCUCUACCUGAGUCACACCCUCAGUUUGCGGGAAUAUUCUGGGCCACUGCCUCAACGCCCGAAUGCAGACAGACUGUGAUGGAAUCGGAUCUCUGGGUAGUGAUUGGAGGGCGUUGGUCUGAUCUGCACACGGUUGGGGGACUCGACAUCAUAGAGGAGCGGAGACGGAUAGUUGAUAUCCAAGAGGGUUCUAUUCGAAUGCCUAACGGUUGGAUGGUUCAGGAUCUAGGCCUAGCUGAGCUCCUCGGAGCUUUUAUAGAAUCCUCUGUUCCGUCUAAAACCGAAUCUCUUCUAACCUUCCAGCGAAAGUCCUACCAGCAGACGCGUAUCGGUAGCCCUGAUAUCGGCGCAGCUCUCACAGUUCGUGGCAUCAUGGAUGGUAUUCAGCGACUACUACGAAGCAAUGAUACCUUGAUUGCAGAUGCAGGAGAUUCUUGGUUUAACGCCACCGGGAUACUGCUGCCAACCGGGGCAGACUUCCAGAUUCAGCUUGUGUAUGCGUCACUAGGAUGGAGUUUGCCUGCCGCAAUUGGCUGCCAGCUAGCUCGGCCAGAGGGGCGAACAAUCCUCAUGAUAGGUGAUGGUGCUUUUCAGAUGACCGCCCAGGAGUUGAGUACUGCUAUCCGCAGCAGGGCCAAUCUCAUUAUCUUUGUUUUCAACAAUCUCGGUUAUCAGAUAGAGUUGGAGCUAUGCUCAACUGGCUUCUGCUAUGUGUGCACCCAAACAUAUCAGAACAUGCAACAACCCCUUUGCGACAAAAUUAGAGAGAGAUCUGGGUCUCAAUCCGGCAAUGUUCUCGAUGCAAAUCAAAACGCAAUCUGA